CUCUGGGUGCUGCAGGAUGGGCGCUCCUGGGGCUGGCGACGGUGGCCUUCCUGGCACUGUUACUACUCUACUUCGACACUGCUUCUCAUGUUCUUCGUCACUGCCACGCCAGACACAAGAAAACCACUGCCAUCGUUCUCACUGUCUACCCGGUCCUAGGUUUGUGCAGCUACUUGGGGAUACUUUUCCAGAAAGCUAACAUAUUCCUGGACUUGGCUGCACAAUUGUGGUUCGCUCUCUGCAUGUGGCAGUUCCUCGAUCUUACUCUUACGUACUUUGGGGGAGAAUCUCGCUUCGUGGCCAAGAUGAAGGGAGCGGUGCUACCCUGGAAGGGUCCUCCGUGCUGCUGCUGGCCCUGCUGUAUUUGUCCCAAGUCACCAGUUAGCAAACAACAGAUCCGCUUCGUCAAGAUCUUGGUGAUACAGCAUCCGUGGGUCCAACUGGUCAUCUCCAUCAUCCAGAUCACUCUGUGGCUGGAGGGAUGGUACACCCAGCUGGACAUGCGACCCAGCAACGCAUAUAUCUACAUCUACAUCAUCUCCACCCUCUCCUUCGCCUUCGGAUUGUGGGCCUUUAUCGUAGGCUUCAAGGCUUCUCUUCAACAGCUACAAGAGUUCCACUACACGCCCAAGAUAGUGACCUUCCAGCUGUGUCUAGUCUUCCUUCGGCUUCAAGCAAUUAUUGUUAAUUCUAUCCUGGUGCCCAGCGGAGCCAUACCUUGCCUUCCACCCAUUUCACCCAGAGUCUUCGCUAACACAUUACUCAACUCCCUACUGAUGGGCAGCUGGUGGUGCUGUCAUGUUGGCGAGAUAUUACUACAAGAUGCCCACCCCAGAGGUUGUCACUAUUACCCACGUCGACGAGGUCAAGGCGCACCCCAGAGGCCAGAGCCCCGACGUGGCUAGCUUCUGCCUGGUGGCUGAGGACACGGGCAACUCGGUCAUCAGUAACGGAAAAGUUCAUCAUCCUCCGGGAGAUGAUGACGAGAAGGGAUGUUUGAUGAACCACUCGGAAAUCUUCCAGUAUGAUACAUACCUACUGUCCUCCAUACGACACUGUACCAGGAAACUAUCAGCAUAUACAUUACUACAUGUAUACAUCAUGUACGAUGUGUGUUUGUGUGUAUAUCAUGUGUAUAGUGUAUCCAUCAUAGACAUUCUUCUCACAUCAUUGAACCUCGAGAACAGAUGAACAAUAAUCGAGGUUUAUUCACUGAUCCAUCCAUAAUAUCUGGCAUUAAGCUACUGUAAUCAACCAAACAAUUUGACACUCAACUUGAUUCAUUCAUGAUAUUGAUAACUGAUCUGGCUCCGUUACUACCUACAACAUUGCUAAAAAUAUAAAUAUAUUCAUCUCUACUAAAUAAUUUGUAAGUGUUUUAUGUUCGGAGCUGUGAACUUGGAAAGUAUUUUAGAGAGUUCAAUUUUUAACACACGCACACAACAGGCUUAGUGUCUAAUCGACAUGUGCCUAGAACGAAAUGGUAACCAACACCUACCUAUCUACCUGGUAGUAACCAGUGAAGAGGCGGGGUUAGGAGCUAUGACUUGACCCGUGAAAACACAAGUGAUUUCACACACACACACACACACACACACACACACACACACACACACACACACACACAACACUCUCUCUCACCAUUGUAUUAUACUCAGAACACAAAGAGUCAUGUGGACUUGGCUAACUUUAGUUCCUAAAGUUAGUACAAUUAGUCCAUGAAUAAUCUAAUACUUGUCUUGUAAUGGUAUAAGAGACCUGAACAACAUCACGUCCAAUGUUGCACACACUGUACAAAAUUUAAUAUAUUAAUUUUGUAAUAUGCAAACCACAGCAAUUUUGUACCUUAAGAAAUUAAAUUUUUCGAAAUGAA